UCUUGGAAAACUGUCUCCUUUCUGUUUCUGUGGAGGAUUUCACUGCUUGCUGAGAGAGCCUGUUUGAACACACCAUGGAAUUGAGAAUUAAAUAAGACAUUUUAUAGCAUCUGGACAGUUCAGAAAGUAGCUGGGCUCUCUGAACUCUCUGAAGAAUUAGUCUUCCUUGUUUUCUGCUGUGCUGACUCCACCCUCCCGCUCUCUGCCCGGCGGAGAUUGGUUCCUUAUCAUGGCUCUUCUAAGAGUCAGCUCUGCCCCCUUUAUCCUGUAUACUCUUGUUUCAAUUUCUCAGCUUCUCCUCUGUUCCAGUUGUGCCAGCAGACGAUCCGUGGAUCCAUUUUAUUUUCCCUGCUAGGAGUUGCUGUACAUAAAUCUGGCGCGAUGUCCCUGUUCUUCCCUCGAUGCAACUCCGUUGUCACAAUCAAGAAGGAUAAGAGACACAUGGCUGAGGUGAAUGCUUCCCCACUCAAGCACUUUGUCACUGCCAAGAAGAAGAUCAAUGGCAUUUUUGAGCAGCUAGGGGCCUACAUUCAAGAAAGCGCCACCUUCCUUGAAGACACCUACAGGAAUGCAGAACUGGACCCUGUUACGACAGAAGAGCAGGUUCUGGACGUCAAAGGUUACUUGUCCAAAGUGAGAGGCAUCAGCGAGGUGCUGGCCCGGCGACACAUGAAAGUGGCUUUUUUUGGCCGGACGAGCAAUGGGAAGAGCACUGUGAUCAACGCCAUGCUCUGGGACAAAGUUCUGCCUUCUGGGAUUGGCCACACCACCAAUUGCUUCCUGCGGGUGGAGGGCACAGAUGGCCACGAGGCCUUCCUCCUCACGGAGGGCUCAGAGGAGAAGAGGAGCAUCAAGACUGUGAACCAGCUGGCACAUGCUCUCCACCAGGAUGAGCAGCUGCAUGCCGGCAGCAUGGUGAGUGUGAUGUGGCCCAACUCCAAAUGCCCACUGCUGAAGGAUGACCUUGUGCUGAUGGACAGCCCUGGCAUCGAUGUCACCACAGAGCUGGACAGCUGGAUUGACAAGUUUUGCCUGGACGCUGAUGUGUUUGUGCUGGUGGCCAACUCAGAGUCCACUCUGAUGCAGACGGAAAAACAGUUCUUCCACAAGGUGAGCGAGCGCCUGUCCCGCCCCAACAUCUUCAUCCUGAACAACCGCUGGGAUGCAUCUGCCUCAGAGCCCGAGUACAUGGAGGAGGUGCGGCGGCAGCACAUGGAGCGCUGUACCAGCUUCCUGGUGGAUGAGCUGGGUGUGGUGGACCGAGGCCAGGCUGGAGACCGCAUCUUCUUUGUUUCUGCCAAGGAGGCUCUGAACGCCAGGAUCCAGAAGGCCCAGGGCAUGCCUGAAGGAGGGGGCGCUCUUGCAGAAGGCUUUCAAGUGCGGAUGCUCGAGUUUCAGAAUUUUGAGAGGAGGUUUGAGGAGUGCAUCUCCCAGUCUGCGGUGAAGACCAAAUUUGAGCAGCACACAGUCCGGGCCAAGCAGAUUGCAGAGGCAGUUCGCCUCAUCAUGGACUCUCUGCACAUCGCAGCUCAGGAACAGCGGGUUUACUGCCUGGAAAUGCGUGAGGAGCGGCAGGAGCGGCUGACAUUUAUUGACAAACAGUUGGAGCUCUUGGCGCAAGACUACAAACUGCGAAUUAAGCAGAUAACGGAGGAAGUCGAAAGGCAGGUGUCAACGGCGAUGGCGGAGGAGAUCAGGCGCCUCUCUGUGCUGGUGGACGAGUACCAGAUGGAUUUCCACCCUUCUCCAGUCGUCCUCAAGGUUUAUAAGAACGAACUGCACCGCCAUAUAGAGGAAGGACUGGGCCGAAAUAUGUCGGACCGCUGCUCCACAGCCAUCACCGGCUCCCUGCAGACCAUGCAGCAGGAGAUGAUAGAUGGCUUGAAACCCCUCCUUCCUGCGUCUGUGCGGAGCCAGAUGGACAUGCUGGUUCCUCGGCAGUGCUUCUCUCUCAGCUAUGACCUGAACUGUGAUAAGCUGUGUGCUGACUUUCAGGAGGACAUCGAGUUCCAUUUUUCUCUUGGGUGGACCAUGCUGGUGAAUAGGUUCCUGGGCCCCAAGAAUAGCCGCCGGGCCUUGAUGGGCUACAAUGACCAGGUUCAGCGUCCCGUCCCUCUGACGCCAGCCAACCCCAGCAUGCCCCCUCUGCCACAGGGCUCCCUCACCCAAGAAGAACUCAUGGUUUCCAUGGUCACUGGCCUGGCCUCCCUGACGUCCAGGACCUCCAUGGGCAUUCUGGUUGUUGGAGGAGUGGUGUGGAAGGCGGUAGGCUGGCGGCUCAUCGCCCUGUCCUUUGGGCUCUAUGGCCUCCUCUACGUCUAUGAGCGUCUGACCUGGACCACUAAGGCCAAGGAGAGGGCCUUCAAGCGCCAGUUUGUGGAGUAUGCCAGUGAGAAGCUGCAGCUCAUCAUCAGCUACACCGGCUCCAACUGCAGCCACCAGGUCCAGCAGGAACUGUCUGGGACUUUUGCUCAUUUGUGCCAGCAAGUUGAUAUCACCCGGGAGAACCUGGAGCAGGAAAUUGCUGCCAUGAACCAGAAAAUCGAGGUUCUUGAUUCACUCCAGAGCAAAGCAAAACUGCUCAGGAAUAAAGGUGGCUGGAUGGACAGUGAGCUCAACAUGUUCAUGCACCAGUACCUGCAGCCCCGCAGAUAGUGGGCAGCCGGAGCUGGAGCCUGCGUGAAGGCAGUGCUGCCAGCCUCAUGGGGCGCCUCCGGGGCCUCACGCUGCUCCUGUCUGGCCGCCCCUGCCGUGAGAAUGGAAGCACCGGUGUCUCACCGUUUUGAGCCCUUAAACACUAGUUGCUUUUCCCCCUCCUUCGCCUGCUGCUGCAGGGAGAUUGUCUGGCUCACACCCCUACAGGAGACUUUUUAAACGAUGACUGUGGAUAGUGUAGCGCUGAGGAGUUAAGUCGAGACUUCUCUGCUUUGUCAGGUUCACAUGAUUGAGCAUCACUGGCGUGCUUGGUAAGGUCCUGGGCUCCCAGCAUCACGGCACAUCUGCGUGGAGCCUCCCAGGGUGUCAGGCACAUGCCCCUCUUCUGCCAAAAUGAAUGCUGACUGUGCCCACCUGUGCUCCUUGCACCCAGCACAACUGCAGAAAAGGGCCACCCCAGGGGAUGGUUGGAUUUUCUCCCCAGAUUGCAUUGUAGUGGUUCUGUCCCAGAAGGACUGUGGCUUGUGUCACUUUGGUCCUUCAGCUUUCAUGCUUUGUCCUGUGUGCUGUCCCUCUCAGACACGUGUUGGUGGUGGCACUCAGUACAGACGCCUUGGAUUUUAGGUGAGGCGGGCCCUGUGCCAUGAGGGGGAGGAAAGAUGCUGCAGAAGCGACCGCAGUGGUGAGAAUAGUUAGGGUAGCUUGUGUGUGGAGGGCUGUGUCCCCUCCUGAUGCCUGUGCCGUUGGAGGGGGCGGCUUGUUACCAUGACAAGGAGGGGCAUGCCUCCCUGCUCUUCUUUGUGUCCCUUGUUCUAGUUUUGGUCGUUGGUCUGUGUAGCUUGGUUUUAUUAUUAGUGAAAGAUGGUUUGGUCCAGGUUGUCAAAGGAUGUUGUAGAAGGCAAGAUGGUAGCAGGAAGGGGACCUUGGCAGCAGGCUGAGGGGAUGGCUGGAGAAGGUGGAGUUGGCGCAAAGCAGGGCCCUCCAUUUGGCCUCACUGAGGGGCUCAUGGGGUCUGGGAGCCCACCUCAUUAGCCUGAUUGCAUCCCUGUUAUGCCCCUUAAGAGACAGGUCCCUACCGCCAGCUUGGCCCAAGUUGCCCUUGGCCACCUUCCUCUAGACUAAGGCUCCUAUGCCAAGACAGUGUGGGAACCCUGGGAUCCAACUCCCCACCCUCCCAUCCCAGAGCCUCCAACUGACACACAUGGCCACUCCUGUUACAUUUUCCACUGGAGUUUAGGAAUUGUUACUAGUUAAAGUGGGGGCAGGUUCCUGUCUCCAGUAUGUUAACUGGGCAAGUAGCCUUUGGGGACAGCCUUUGCAGAGCAGGUCAGAGAACAUGCUAGAAGUGAGCAGCCUCUCUUCCAGCAAGAGGUGGGGCUCAGGCAGAGAGCUGGGGUUUGUCCUGCUCCUUUGAGUCCACCCACUCUCUGGCGUGGGGAUGUGAGUGGUGACCUCUGUGCACUGAUGGGUGGUCAUACAGUGGGGUCCUCUCCAGGUCCCACCGGUCCUUCAAACCCGCAGUCUGCCCUGCUUGGAACAGAAUGAUGGGCUUUGCCAAGGUCAGCCUGCAGGAGGAAGGCUCGCUGUGUGUCCUGCAGGCCUGGAUGGUGGGCACCUCACAGUGUGUCAGGAGGAAUCAAUGUCACACAAUUCCAAUGAAUUUUGUGCUUUUUUGGGGGGGAAAUUAUUUAAUAUAACUAAACAUGAAUUUUUUUGAAUGUACCCCUGGGCAAUGAAUGAAUUUUGAGCUUAUACAAUAAGUAAAAUGAAAUACCACCUAGAGACUUUCUGAAGGAAGUGUGGCAAAACCACUUUAAUUUAAUGCUGCUGACUUUUCUGUUUUUAUGUUCAUUUGCUGGAGUGCGAGACAUGCUUGACAGUGAGUUUUUCUCUGACGUAUUUAAGGGGAUAUAUUUGCCUGAAUUACUCCUGUAUCAUUGCUGAUAAUAUUGGAAACUAAAAUAAAACUAGUUGGGAACCCUU